AUGUCUGCCACCUCAGCGCCGUUCCGAGUACCCGAGCAAAAGAAGCCCCGUACGAGGCCGAGGAUGUUGGACGGAUACAUUAGUGAGAACCACGGCGCAGUCGUACCCGUAAGCUACCUCUUUGUAGCACCCGAACAACGUGCCGCCCAGCCAUCGGGUGGAGCGAAGCGUGUGGUCCGCGAUGGACUGCGGCGCCACGACUACGGCAGAUUCCCAGCGCAGCAAACUCCAGAAAAAGCAAAGGCUGAUGAAAUGGUCCUCGUGUGGUGUUUGCACGCGUGGCACGACAACCACAACCACAACAAUGUUGCACGGAGUCUGUUCUAUUUGUGGAAGGCUUGGCCUUACAUCACCGGCUACUUCUCCUCAAUAUGUACACUGCUUCAUGAUCGAUUGCGUGGUCGCCAGGCUGGCCGCAAAAGCAGGCUUCACGCCAGAAACAAGACUGACGCUUCCAUCACCGUCGUCGCCAGCGCACAUAGCGACGAAGCAGGGCACAGGAUGGCGCGCAGGGGUGGUGGUGAAAGGCGCUAUUGGCAGGACUUUUUCAGGAACGACUCCGCCCUCGCGCUACUACGUCAGCUGCAGCCGCGAUGCGGGCCUGUAAAAGGUACCUACAUCUUUCAUGUGCCUUUUGAAACUCCUUACCCUCCUGACCUAUGA